CUCACCUCCAUGCUGGCUGGGCUGAUCUCACCCCGAGUUAAUCUUAUCGUUAUAUGCGGAUCUCUUAGGCUGUUGUACUAUCAUAUCAUACUGGGCUCUGUUCAUCUUGGAUAUCUAACUGCUGACAUAUGGGCAACAAACGACAUGCGGCGCCGAAGGUAGUCGAGGGGCGGUACGCGCCGGAUUUCGGCGACGAACUACAGGUACAUGCCGCACACGCGUCGCAGCUGCAAGCCCGCUUGCUGGCGACCCUUGACAAAAUAGACGCGCUCCGGGCGACACAUAUCCACGAGCUCGGUGCGGAGAAACGCGCCGUCGACGUUCUAUCACACAAGCUGGAUCGGUACAGGAGAUACGUGAAGGAGGCACGCGCGGAGUGGGACGACACGCGUGAGGCGUUGUCGAUCGUAAUCGAGAAAGUCGAACUUGCCAAUGAUUACUCAUUAUGGCCUCACAGCCAGCUGUGCAUGACAUACCCUCUCGAACCACUGAGCUGUCCGAAGGCGUCGUCCUCCAACGUACAGCUCAACAAAGAUUCUGCCCAUCCGUACGCGAAGGCGAUCAUCACUUCGCUGAGAGAAGAGCUCGAGCAGGAGCGAACCGCCCACGCAGACACCCGAGCGCGCGCGGAGGCUGAGAUCUUGUCGCUGAACGCGCGGCUCGCCCAGCGCGACGCUGAGCUGGAGGCACGCAUUCUCCAGGGGUCUGCAUCUCAGCUGCCUCUGCGUGCUUCCAAGCAAUCGCCGCCUGCGCCUGAGCAGCACCGAUCGAGUCAUCGGGAUUGGGAGAACGCACCAUUGUCAUUUUCACAGGAGGAGGCCAUUCAGAUCAUGGAGCUUACGGCCGCGCGUAACCGGGAAUUGGAAGCGGAAGUGCAUCAUCUGCUUGAACGGCGCGAUCAAGCGCAGCAGCCGAACGCCCCACUUUCCGCCCCCGGGCGCACUGCUGAAACCGAGAAGGAGCAGCUGGGUAUACCAGAUGCUUUACCAGAGUACAGGCGCGAGGAUCUAAGCAGCGUCCCCAUGCAGCCCGGCGCGCAACUGCAAGUACAUCCCCCAGUAUCGCAUGCCACGCUCUUGCCGCCUGACAGGCCUGCACUCGGACCGACGAGACUCCACUCUCAAGGCUCCACGGCGGAAUCCGAUACACUCGUCCCCAGAUCAACGGCGAUCCAACAGCUGCAGCAAUUGGUCGGGAUCUUUGCGGCGCAGCUCGACGGGUUCGCUUCCGAACGGGACGCGCUGAAAGGCGUGCUGGCAGCUCAGGGUCAGGGUCAGACUCAGAACGCGCGCCCAAAUUCACUGGCGGAAGACGUCGGUCGCUCGGAUGGACCAGAGGGCGAUGAUGGCACCGGCGGAGAUCGCGGGCUGAGGGCGGAGGUAUCAAGCCUGAGGAUGGUGUCGAGGGAGUCGACCGAUGUGCUGGUGGAUCCCGACGAGACUGCUCGAGUCGAUACGCCCAGGACGGGGAAGAUUGGCGGUCCGGGUACUCAGUCCCCUCAGAAGCCCUCCGACUGUUCUAUGGAGCUUGCAACGCCGCUGCAGCCCACCAUCGUAUCCGUGCGCGAAGACAUAUCCGAUUUGGGAGGCGCACCACCGAACCUUCUUCCUCCUCUCCUCGUGCCGCUCCCACCCUCACCCGAUAGCCCAGACCCUCCCGCAUCCCCUCAGCCUGAACGACCUGAACCACUAUUGCCCUCCAUAGAUCUCUCACCACCCUUUCGAGAUCCUCCGCUUUGGUGGCCGCAUCCGCGCUCGCCGCACGACUUUGUGGGGGAUCCAUACCCAAGCACAGACGCCGCCCGGAGAUUGGAGGUCAUCGAGUGCGAACUCGCUCUGGCGCGACAGGAGCUCGAGGCCAAAAAUGAGGAGCUAGGCGAGUUGCGUGACGUCGUCGAGCAGCUGCGCGAGCUGGUGUACUCUGGGAGUCUGACGACGGUCAAGACAGGGCAGCAGAGGGGAGGCUGGAUGAGGCUUAACGGCCGACGCGUACAUAUACAUCGAGGAAUCUAAAUCCACUGGAUGAGGCACUCGGGG